AUGCCGAGCAGCGGCGAAACCAACAACACGGCCGAGUACACCGCGCUGCUGCUCGGCACACGGGCUGCCGCCGACCACGGUGUCACGCGCCUGCGGAUCGAGGGUGACAGCACUCUUGUCAUCCAGCAGGUGCGUGGCAUCUUCGCCACACGCAACAAGCGCCUGAGGCAACUGCGCAUCGCGGUCAAGGCGGAGCUGGCGCGGAUGGAGCGGGCCACGCUCCAUCCCAUCGACAGGCAGGCGAAUGGUUCAUGCCGACCGCCUCGCCAACGCCGCUCUUGA